AUGGAGUCUCCGUGGGAUGAACUGACUCUUGCCUUCUCCCGCACGUCCAUGUUCCCUUUUUUUGACAUCGCCCACUAUCUGGUGUCCCUGAUGGCGAUGAAGCAUCAGCCGGGAGCAGUGACAGUGGCGUGGAAGAAUCCUUUGUCAAGCUGGUUUACUGCUAUGCUCCACUGCUUUGGUGGAGGAAUUUUAUCCUGUAUACUGCUUGCUGAGCCUCCAUUGAGGUUUCUUGCAAACAAUACUAAUAUAUUACUGGCAUCUUCCAUCUGGUAUAUUAUAUUUUUUUGCCCAUGUGACCUAGUUUGCCAGGCCUAUACUUGCCUACCUGUUCAACUCUUGGCUGCAGGAAUGAAGGAGGUGACCAGAACUUGGAAAAUAGUAGGUGGAGUCACACAUGCUAAUAGCUAUUACAAAAAUGGCUGGCUAGUCAUGAUAGCUAUUGGAUGGGCCCGAGGUGCAGGUGGUAGUAUUAUCACAAAUUUUGAGCAGUUAAUAAAAGGAACUUGGAAGCCAGAAGUUGAUGAAUGGCUGAAGCUAUCUUACCCUUCCAAAGUAACCCUGCUAGGGUCAGUUAUGUUCACGUUCCAGCAAACCAAGUAUGUGGGAAUAUCAAAGCACAACCUGAUGUUCUUCUACACCAUCUUUCUCGUGACCACAAAGGUCGCCAGGAUGCUUACAGAGACAUCUCUUGUGUCUUUCGGUAAUUUUGAGGAGACAUUGGGUCGCAUGCUGUUUGGCUAUCAGCAACUUUCAUCAUGUGAAAAGAAAAGUGGAAUUAAAUCCAAUGGCACUGGGUCAUCUGGUUCAAAACCUACAGUUGAUGCUUCAGAUAACCUUAAAAAGAAACAUAGUAAGAAGACUGAGUAG